CAUGACAAGACAUAUGCCGAUUUCGUGAGUUACGUAACACAACUAUAAAUAUGUAAUGAGGAUCCAGACUUUAGUUCUAUUUUCUUGUUGUUGGUAAAAGGCGUUUUUUCUCUACAAGAAAUGGAAGAAGGAACAACGAGUGCACUGGUUCGUAAUGGACAAGGGGAGGUAGAUAUUAGAACAGGUAGAAGACAAGAAUCUAUACAUGUACCUCUGUUAGGUUCUUGUCGUUUUGCACUAGCGGUCUUAGGAUUUUUUGGACUACUUAACAUGUAUGCGAUGCUUGUCAACAUUAAUGUUGCGAUUGUCUGCAUGGUGAAUAGGACUUCGAUAUAUACUAUUGAUAACUCUACAGUUAUUUCAAAUAAAGCUAGUAAUUGUUUUCGCCAGAAAGAUCAUAACUUUUCGGAUGAGUCUUCUAUCCGUGGCGGUGAGUUAAAUUGGGAUCCAGAGAUACAAGGAUAUGUACUUGGUGGAUUCUACUGGGGAUAUUUGAUAACACAGAUGCCAGCAGGAUGGAUAGCUACAAGAUAUGGUGGAAAGAUGGUGACUGGUUUGAGCAUGUUUGUAUCAUUGAUAUUCACAUUGUUAACACCAUUUGCUGCAAGAACUAGCUUCAUCUUUGCAGUAAUUGUUAGGAUUGUUAUCGGUUUAUCUACUGGAGCAGUAUUUCCGGCUAUGCAUUCUCUUCUGGGUAAUUGGGUUCCUCCAUCAGAACGAAGCAAGUUUACUGCGAUGACGUACUCUGGUACACAACUUGGCAUUGUUGUAACAUUUGCACUUGGUUCAUUGAUGUGUGCACAUGGUUUUGCUGGAGGUUGGCCGUCCAUAUUCUACGUCUGUGGCAUUACAAGUUUUAUAUGGUUAAUUUUAUGGAUGUGGUUUGUAAGUGAUACACCAGCCGAACACAAACGAAUUUCAAGAGAGGAAAAAGAAUAUAUCAUGGGUUUAUUAGCAGACAGUACCCAUGACACUAAAAAGAAGGAACUACAGGUGCCCUGGUUGGAGAUUGCAAAGUCAAUGCCGAAUUAUGCUAUUGUGGUAUCUAAUAUAACAUGUGAUUGGGGUCUUUAUACACUUCUAACAUACAUCCCAACUUACAUGAACGAUGUUUUAAAGCUUGAUAUCACAACGAAUGGACUGUUUUCGUCAUUACCAUAUAUUGUUUUCUGGGCGACUGUAUUUUGUGGAGGCUGGCUUGCUGACUUUUUCCGAAGCAGAAAGUUGAUGUCGACUACUAAUACCCGGAAAGUAUUUGACACUGUUGCAAAAUUAGGUCCUGCUUCCAUGUUGAUUGGUUUAGGUUAUGUCGACUGUUCCCAAACUGCCUUGGCUAUUGUUUUGGUUAUUCUUGCUGUAAGUUCGGCAGGAUUUCAGUACAGUGGAUGGGUUGUUAAUCAUAUUGAUAUAGCACCUAGCUAUGCAGGAAUCUUACUUGGAAUAUCGAAUUCACUGGCAUCUACAACAGGAAUUAUAUCCCCAAUUAUAGUCGGGGCUAUCACAGAAAAGUCACAAACUCGAGCAGAGUGGCAGAUAGUUUUCUAUAUUGCAGCAGGCAUGUAUAUAUUUGGUGCAAUCUUCUAUAUUAUAUUUGCAAGUGGUGAAUUACAGCCGUGGGCGAAGGAAUCUUGUUCAAAUCCAUCGGAAGAAGAAAGUACUGACAAUUUUCUGGACAAUGAGGAUGGUUUGUAAUUUUCAUCCAUUGUUCCUGAUUGCAAUACUUGUACUUUGUACAAAUCAACGGUUUCUGUGAUAUUUUAU